AUGAGGUAUUUCAAAUUUUGGUUCAAUAAAUAAUGUGCUCUACUUAUUGAAAAUAAAAAAAACUAUGGAUUUUCAGACCAAAAAUGGCUGUUGAACGAGAUGGUGGAGGUUGUUUAAGAGUAACUGUAUCGAUUUUCUCAAUUUAUUAUUGGGCAUCGGCGUUGGCGCAUGUGUUUUUAGGAUUGUGGAUGUUGUUGGAUCCGAAGAGAAAUUAUAUUUUGGAUUUGGUGCAUUUUUCGGAGAAUGACCCAUUGUUGGUAAGUAUUUUUGGGCAGAUUCUCGAAUAGAAAGCUAUAACUUCUGUUAAAAACUAUUUUCUAUGAUAAUAUUAUUCAUUGUCAGAAGGAUUAUGCUUUUCUACAGAUAAUUCAGAAAAAAAGUUCAUUUGAAACCUUUACAAAGUAUUUGAAAUUAGAAAAACUCUAAUUGUUCAGUUUCAAUGAGAAAAAAUGUUCUACACAAUUUUCGAAACAUUUAUUGUCAUAAAGUUGUAAGAAUGUUAAAAAUCAAGCGCUUAUCAAAUAACAUAGUUAAUUUUCUUGUGCAAACAAACUUCGAAACUUGGGAAUUUCGCUUUAAAAAAUUUUGAAAAUGUAUAAUUAUUUCAACUUCAAGGGACCGAAAUUCAAAAAAGUUUCUGUAAUGUAGUCAUCAAAGAAAAAUAACAAAGAUUCUUACUUUUCAGAAAGCCUCCGCAUAUGUAUCUCUUGCCACGGGUAGCGCAAUGCUUCUAGUCGGCUUUAUCGGUCUCUGUGGAGCUGUGAAUCGAAACAAGUUCCUUCUUUUUAUGGUAAAUUUUGAAUUAACCAAGCCUUUAUUCUUCUAAUUUUUUCAGUUUUCCAUAUUCCUGGUUUUAACAUUUCUGGCUGACGUAGCAAUGGGAACUCUUUCACUUUUUUACAAGGAUAAGGUAUUUUUAAAAACAAAUUUUUCAUGUGUCUGUAACCAAAUGUUUGUAGUUUUCUAACAAUUAUAUGGAAACAUAUUUGUCUAAUAUGACUCAUAAUCGAUAUUCGCGUGAUCGUUGGGUUGAGCCUAUUUUGGACACAAUUCAGUUUUAUGUGAGUGGUUUUUAUUAAAGAGUUUGAAGAGUGAAAAUUGUCCAUUUGUCCAGUCCGGUUGAGAGUGAUAUUUAAAUAGUUAAGGAGUCUCGAAAAUAUUAUUCAGAUUUAUUCAACAAAAGAAAAUCUUCGAGAAAUUGUGAAAACGAAAUAUGGCGUAAUGUUAGAAGUUGAGGAAAAUCGGCAGGCUACUGACUUUAUUGAUAAACUUCAAUUUUAUGUAAGCUGAAUUUAGAAGUGGAACUUUUUUGAAACUAGUUGGAAAUUUAAUGAAAUUUCGAAGAACCUUCAAAGUCUGAGAAUUUCAAUGAAUUUUUCAAUUAGUGAUUGAAAAGUUCUUUUUUGAUUCCAAAGUUUUGUUAACUUUCUCCAAAAUUUAAUAUCUAGGAGAAUUGCUGUGGCUCAUUAGGCCCCAGUGAUUUCAUCGGAAGUCAAUGGUCCUCUUCAGUUAGCCUAGAAGCCUUUGAUGCCGAGCCGCCACUUUUCCCAGUGUCAUGUUGUACCCAAAUCUCGGGUGCUUCAGCUCUUAACCUCCUGGCAAAAAGUUAUUCAAGGUGCCAACAAAUCGGAGCACAUCUUCAAUGGAGACAUGCAACUGUGAGUUGUUGACACGAGUGAUUGAUGAGUUUUUGCUUUUUUCUACUGAAUCUCAUAGUGUUUGUGUUGUGUGUGAAGAUAAUUAAUUAAUUUUUAUCUCUUUUUUUUUUCUCUGCAACUGACUAGACUGGACAAAUGGACAAUUGAAAAACUAAAAGUCAGAAAAACUGAAAACAAAAUGUUUUAGCAACAAUGUUGUGGUGGAAAAGGUCCAUUGGACUACAAAGAUUCAUUUUGGUAUAUCACCAACACAAUUCGAGGAACACGAUCUUUCGUUCCGCCAUCUUGUUGUAAACAAGCGCAGGUUGGAAGAGCUUGGGCUCCAAUGCCGAUUGAUCCAAUGUGCAUCACGUAUGGAUAUUUUUCACCAGCUUUCAAAACAUCGGUUAAUACUGAAGUGAGUGUGUUACUACCCAGGUUUGGUGUGCAGUUUGAAGUGAAAAAAGGGUGACAGAAAAAAACAAAGGGUUUUGGCUGAUACUUUCAAUGUAUCACAAAGAUGUUUUUUUUUCGAAAUUCUAGAAUAAAUCUAGAUUCAGAUUUGAAAAAUAAAUUCAAAAACCUCAAUUUUGUCACUCUUCCCUUUUGAUUUUUCUCUAUUAUUUUUUUUAUUUUCAAUUCUUUCCCAAAAAAUUUGUUUUCAGGGAUGCCAUGAAAAAUUACAAGCUUGGUUCAAUGAACAAAUAUGGAUUUUUGUUGGUUUUGGAUUUGGAUCUGCUCUCACUAUGGUCUGUUAACUUUUUCUAUGUUCUUAUCAUUUUAUCAAAAUCAUAAUUUCAGAUGCUUGGAAUUUGCCUUACCUGCUGUUUGAUCUCAAAAAUUCGUACCUACUUCUACAUCAAAGAUGAUGAUUAUUAA